AUGCAAGGAUUAGCUACACAGGGAUCCCUCGCUCCUCAUGAUCUACCUCAGUUUUACCUGCUAGUAGCACUGUAUUUCGUGCAAGGAAUACCUGUUGGCUUAGCUUUUGGAACAAUUCCCUUCUUACUGAAGUCAAUGGCUAAGGAAACUUCAUUCACGACGCUAGGUAUCUUUUCAAUUGCUACGUAUCCAUAUUCUUUGAAAAUUUUAUGGUCGCCCAUCGUGGAUUCCAUAUACAGCGAUAAAAUUGGUAGGAGACGUUCUUGGAUCAUACCAAUCCAAUUAGUCAGCGGGGUACUUUUAUUCGCUUUGGGUUUCGCCAUCAGUAGAGGUCUGGUGUUCACUGGAGUCGACGAUGCUUUCCACGGUAGGAGUGAUGGCAUUCAUGAUCUAAGUAUACUGGCAUUGACUUUCUACUUCGGCACACUGGUCUUCUUAUGUGCUACACAAGAUAUAGCUGUCGAUGGCUGGGCAUUGACCAUUUUAUCGAAGCAAUCCCUCACAUAUGCUUCGACUGCGCAGACUGUGGGUAUGAACAUUGGAUACUUUCUGUCCUUUACUAUCUUUCUGUCCCUCAAUUCCAAUGAUUUUGCAAACAAGUACAUCAGAAGUGUUCCAAAAGAAUACGGACUGUUGAGUCUUGGCGGCUAUAUGAAGUUCUCUGGGGCUAUAUAUGUACUACUCACCUUUUAUGUUAUCUUUUACACCAAAGAGCGCCCACUCCAGGACAUUCUGCCGAUGAAUUACACAACCAAAAAAGAUGAUGAGCCAAAAGUACUGGUCGAGUAUGGCGAUGGCGACGCCAUCGGGACUGAAAAUACAUCAAGCUUAAUAUACACCUACAAAUGUUUUGCUAGAAUUUUGAAGUUACCAACUGUUCGCACAUUGGCGGUCAUCCAUAUGAUCUCCAAGCUAGCAUUUCAAUGCAACGAAGCAGCAACAAACUUGAAGCUGCUGGAGCAAGGUUUCAAGAGAGAGGAUCUGGCCGUGACUGUGCUUAUCGAUGUACCAUUUGAGAUAAUUUUCGGUUAUUACGUAGCGAAAUGGAGUUCAGAUGCGAAUAACUCGCCCCAUUUUUCACAAAAUAAUGGAUGGUCCAGGUGGCUGGUAGGAGAUCCAGGCGUUCUAACACCGUGGCUAUGGGGUUUCCUCGGCCGCUUAGCUUCUGCGAUAUUGGGCAGUAUAGUAGUGAAAACGUUUCCUAAAGAUGGUGAGAUUGGCAAGCUAUACUUCCUUGUCGUUAUUGUACAACACUUGCUAGGUUCUUUCAUGUCCACUGUUCAAUUUGUUGGUAUUUCGGCAUUUCACACCAGAAUUGCAGAUCCCGCAGUGGGCGGCACCUAUAUGACGCUACUGAACACAUUAAGCAACUUUGGCGGCACAUGGCCUCGGCUGGUCAUAAUGUCAAUGAUCAAUUACUUUAGUGUCUAUGAAUGCUAUAUUCCCGCAUCUAAGGAGAAGCUGCGGUACCACGGCAAGGGCAUGGAUGUCUGUACAAAGGACCUGAAUGGGGACGUUUCAAUUCUGCGAGACGGCUAUUAUAUUACCAAUGCCAUAUGUGUAACCAUUGGCAUCCUCUUAUAUUUCGGCUUCUUGAAAAGGAAAGCUCUGCAACUGCAAAGCAUGCCAAUCACCGCAUGGCGCUGUCAAUGA